AUGUCAGAGACUCUGGAGCUUGAAUCCAUAUCCACAAAGCACAACAGAAUUCUGACUGAAAAAACGGAUAAACUCCAAGAAGAAAAUACUGCUCUCAAAGAUCAGAUAAUUAAUUUAAAUGAAAGAAUCACCAGGCUGGAGCAAGCAAAAAUAUCUACAAUCACGGACCCUCACUUUGCCAACAAUCUAUCUGCCUUAGAAAAACGAAUUGUAAAAGCGAGUAUCUCGUCAAUGGAUAAACACAUUAGGAGAAAUAAUAUAAUAGUAAGAGGCCUGAACGUGACUGACAGCAGCGCACAGAAGAAGAGUGUAACUGCUUCAUUAUUGGAGGUGAAUGCUAGAGUUGGAAGUUUUUUAUUCGAGGACCCUACGAUGUUGGAACCUUCAUGUCUAUACUCUAUGAGAUCUGCAUAUGAUAAAGAAACGAAUCAUCAGGGAUCCAUACUUUAUGAGUUCAUGUCUAGCAAUGGCUUUAUUCUUCUAAAUGGCCGCAUUCCAGGAGAUCACAAUGGAGACUUUACUUUUAGUAAUGCAAGAGGUAAUAGUACAGUAGAUCUUGUAUGGGUUAACUCUAUGAAUAUCAACUUAGUGAAAGGGCUAUCCAUUUCUAAUGCUCUUACCAAAUCGGAUCACUUUCCAGUUGUAGUCACUCUUCAUUCCACCCAACCUAUCGCAAUUGCGCAGCUCUCAAACGUUAUGUGUUCCGCACCUCCUAGCUUUUCUUUGCGCUGGUGCCCUUCGUCAGCUCACUCUUACAAGAACUCUAUGUUCGUCUCUCCACUCAUUGCUCAAAACUUUGCCACUGCUAUUACAAACGACUUGAAUCACGCCCUUCAAAAAGCUAUAAUGAACGCCGCUCGGGAUGCAGGAAUGCUUAAAUUACUAAACUCACAGCCCAAAUCUAGAAAUCGCUAUAUUUCAAAACCAUGGCAUGACGAUGAGUGCAGAGCAAAAAAGAAGCAAACAAAAACCCUUCUUUAUCACUGCAAACUUGAAGGUCAACCGUCCAUAUUGUGGCAACACUAUCACCACUCUAAAAAAGAAUACUUCAAUUUAAUUAAACACAAAGCCGAAAAAUUUCAGGAAAAACUUACCUGGAACUUCAACAAUGCCAGAAGCCCCAAGGAUUUUUGGUCCGCAAUCAACUCGGUGAAAGGCUACUCGACUCGAAAAAACGAAAUACCUCUUAACACCUGGUACGACUAUUUUUCUUCAUUAUUCACACCAAGAAAAGAAUCUUCCAUCUCCUUACCACUUGACUAUCAUGAAUCAUUAGAUCAAGAAUUCACCAUGGGGGAACUCUGCAAUAGUGUCAAAAAAUGUAAAGCAGCUAAAGCUCCUGGUACAGAUGGAAUAAGCAAUGAUUUUUACAAAAACUUGCCUGAUAACUGGAUUUUGUUUCUACUAUCUUUCUUUAAUAAAAUCUUUGAAACCGAAUCAGUUCCUGCUGACUGGAUUAAAGUAGUAUUUUUUAUGCUAUAUAAAAAAGGAGACAGCGCGUUGCCUUCAAACUACAGGAGUAUUGCUCUAGUAAAUUGUGUCGUAAAGAUAUUUACGCAAAUAUUGCAUGAAAGAUUAAGAAAAUGGGCAGUACAGCAUAAAAUAAUUCCUGAAGAACAGGCAGGUUUCUGUGAGGGAAAAGGCUGCACUGACAAUGUUUUCUUGCUGCAGCUAAUCCUUCAAUUACAGCUUCGCUUUCCUGAUUCAGCAGCAUACAUACUAUUUAUUGAUUUUCAGCGAGCCUUUGACUCAGUACCGCAAGAUAAGCUCUGGGCAAAACUUCUAAGGCUAGGUGUUAGCACAAAAUAUAUUAGGCUGCUUAAAAAUUUUUACGAUCAGGUUGUUAUGCUCAUCAAAAAGGAUUCUAUUUACUCAGAACCUAUUGAAAUCACCGAGGGGAUCCUACAAGGUGAAAUCCUUAGCCUACUGUUAUUCAUUUUGUACAUAUCGGACAUGAUUGAAUUUUACUAUGAAAACAAUCUGGAUGGUUUCAGCCUCGGCGGCCGCCGAGAAAUAUUAAUGCUGUUGUACGCCGACGAUAUAGCUUUACUAGCAAGAUCACAAAUAGAUCUUAAAUAUAAGCUCAGGAUCCUAAAGAAGUACUGCGAGAUAAAUGGACUCACAGUCAACGUUUCAAAAACUAAAGUGAUGAUUUGUCGUAAGUCUGGCAGGAUUAGAAAGUCGGACAAAGAUUUUAGAUAUUGCGGGAAGGACCUCGAAACCGUAAAAUCUUACGUCUAUUUAGGUGUUCCCUUUUGCAGCAACCUGAAAGGGGAUUUAGCAGCAGCUGAAUUUUCUAAAAGAGGCAAACAGGCAGCAGGAACCGUGAUUUCUAUUCUAGCUAAAUUGAAAGCCAGCUCUUGGACCAGAAAGACAAAAGUCUACAAUAGCAUUUGUAAAUCCACCUUUCUGUACCUUGUUUAUAUCUGGGGCCUUAGAACAGAAUGCUACAAGAAAUUUGAAACUGCACAUCUUUAUUUCUAUAAAAGACUUUUCUGCUUACCGAACUGUACACCUCAUUUUGUGAUUCGCUUGAAGUUAAAUUUAGUUCAUAUCUCAUUGGAUAUUCUAGGAUUGGCCUACAACUGGGUAACAAAAAUUCUAGAGAUGCCGGAUUCCCGCCUUCCAAAAGUUUGCUAUCAGAGACUACUGGACCUUAACCCUAAAUCAGAGAACCUAAACUGGAUCAGUCAAUUAAGGAAAAUGCUGGCCCAAAUUAAUGCAGAAGCUUUAUUGGAUAAUCUAUCAGCUAACUUCUGGAAAAACAACAAAAUGAGAAUAUUAUCCAAGUACAAGAUUUACCUGAAACACAAGGACCUGAUUAGAUUUUGUAAAGUAUUCGAAGAAACGAGUGACGGUGACCUGGGUCGCGCCGCCAAGUAG